UUUCUUCCUUACCAUAAAAGAAGACGAUCGUCUGUUAUGGAAGCUGUAUCUUUAUUUUCUUUUCUGCUUCAAUUCAAUCUCUUUCUACCUUCAAAUACAAACUGUACUCAUCAAUAACCCUGUAGAGACAGCCCUUCCUCCUCCUCCUCCUUCUCCCUAUCAUUUGUCUGAUUGUUGAUUUCGUUCGAUCUUUCUGGACGAACGAACAUGUUGUUGAAGUCUUGUAUGGACAGCCUGAAUUUCUCCUCCGACGACGAUUUCCAGGCGCUUGACCGGAUCUCUAGACUAAUGAAGGUGCCCCAACGGAUAACCGAGUCCGAAUUCGAAGCGGACUCCGUAUCCAACCCGAAGCGGCGGAUCAUUGUAGCGAACGAGCUUCCGUUGAUAGCGACCUACGACGGUGAGAGAAAGAAAUGGGAUUUUCGAUACAACGAGGACAGUCUUGGUUUACAACUGAAAGAUGGGUUCCCGGACGAUGUCGAGGUUCGUUACGUGGGUUGUGUGAAGGCUGUAAUUGAUCCGGAAGAGCAAGAUGAGGUGUCGCAGUUUUUACAAGACAAUUUUGGGUGCUACCCAGUGUUCUUGAAGCCUAGAAUUCAACACGAAUUCUAUGAUGGGUUUUGUAAGCACUAUUUAUGGCCGAUGUUUCACUCUCUUUUGCCCAUGUCACACAGCCAGAAUAUGGCCUACAAGCGUGAACAGUGGAUGGCGUAUGUGUCGGUGAACAUGGAUUUCACUCGCAAGGUCAUGGAGGUGAUGGAUGGAGAGCAUGAUUUCGUUUGGGUUCAUGAUUAUCAUCUUAUGUUGUUGCCUACUUUCUUGAGAAAAGACUAUAAUAGGGUCAAGCUUGGGUUUUUUCUGCAUAGUCCAUUUCCAUCCUCUGAAAUCUACAAGACAAUUCCGAUGCGAGAGUAUGUAUUGAGGGGGUUGUUGAAUUGCGAUCUUGUAGGAUUUCAUACAUUUGAUUAUGCUAGGCACUUCUUGUCUUGUUGUAGGAGAAUUUUAGGGAUUGAUUAUGAGUCUAAGAGAGGUUACAUUGGUUUAGAUUACUAUGGUAGGAAUGUGACAAUCAAGAUUUUGCCUGCCGGGAUUCAUAUGAGGCAGCUCCAUUCGGCUUUGUCGUCGGAUAUUACAGUAGAAUUGGCAAGGCAAUUGAAGGAAAGAUUUGAAGGGAAGAUUGUGAUGGUGGGUGUGGAUGAUUUGGAUAUAUUUAAGGGGAUCACUUUGAAGUUUGAAGCAAUGGGAAAUCUUUUGGACCGAUUUCCGAAAUUGAGAGGGAAAGUGGUUUUAGUCCAGAUUGUGAAUCCAGCUAGGUCUGCAGGACAGGAUGUGGAUGAUAUGAGAACUGAGGCAUUUGGUAUCGCGAAACAGAUCAAUGACAAGUAUGGAAAAGCGGGUUAUGAACCUAUUGUGUUCAUCAAUGGUAAUUAUAGCACGGUAGAGAAGGCUGCUUACUAUGCUAUUGCUGACUGUUGUGUGCUCAACGCUAUAAGGGAUGGAAUGAAUCUGGUGCCUUACAAGUAUACAGUUUGUAGGCAGGGAAGCCCUGCUUUGGACAAGGCAUUGGGGAUCGAUGAGGCAUCUGCUGCUUCGAGGAAAAGUGUUCUCAUUGUGUCUGAAUUUGUUGGCUGCUCGCCUUCUCUUAGCGGGGCUAUUCGAGUGAAUCCAUGGAACAUUGAGGCUGUGGCUGAUGCUAUGCAUCAAGCUGUCACAAUGAAGGACAAUGAGAAACAUUUACGCCAUGAGAAGCAUUAUAAGUAUAUUAGCUCACAUGAUAUAACUUAUUGGGCUAGGAGUUUCCACCAAGACCUUGAGAAAGCUUGUGCCGAGCAUGACAGCAAGAGGUGUUGGAGCAUGGGGCUUGGCCUUUCAUUCAGGGUUAUUUCUUUGCCACCUGAAUUUAGAAGGCUCAAGGAGCACACCAUAGUUGAGGCUUAUAAGAAGACUGAUAGCCGGUUGAUUCUUUUAGACUACGAUGGCACUAUGAUGCCUGGGGAUUUUGUAGACAAAACACCAGGCAAGAACGUUAUCUCCGUCUUGAACAGUCUGUGUAGCGAUCCCAAGAACCUUGUUUUUAUUGUGAGUGGCAGAGGUAAGGAUACUCUAAGCAAGUGGUUUUCUCAAUGCGAGGGAUUGGGUAUUUCUGCUGAGCAUGGCUACUUCACAAGAUGGAACAAGCAUUCUCCAUGGGAAAGCAGCUCGAUCUCGACAGAUUUGCAGUGGAAGAAGGUUGUAGUACCCGUGAUGCAGAUUUACACAGAGAGAACUGAUGGCUCUUUCAUAGAGGAAAAGGAGAGUGCAGUCGUGUGGCACAUUCAAGAUGCAGACGGUGACUUUGGCUCGUGGCAGGCUAAUGAACUUCUCAAUCAUUUGGAGAAUGUCCUUGCCAAUGAGCCUGUUGUUGUCAAGAGUGGCAAAGAAAUAGUGGAGGUGAAACCACAGGGGGUCAGUAAAGGAUUGGUAGUGGAAAAACUUAUUUCAGCUCUGAACAGUACGGGCAAGGCACCUAAUUUUCUGUUGUGUAUAGGAGACGAUCGUUCCGAUGAAGAGAUGUUCGAGACAGUUUAUAAUUCAGUCACAAGCCAUUCCUUGCCUGCCAAUGCUGAAGUGUAUGCUUGCACCAUCGGUCAGAAACCAAGCAAGGCAAAGUACUUUGUUGAUGAUACUGAUGAAGUCCUGAAGAUUCUUGAUAGUCUAACCAAUAAUUCAAGAGGACUGAAGCCUGCAAAUCUUCUGGAAAAUAAUGUUUGUAAAUGACACUAGGCAAAGGGAGAAUUUGGCACCAAUGUGUAGAAGAAAAAACAACAGUGAAACACAGGGGACCUUGAUUUUGUUACAGUGUCGUUGCUCCAUUAGCUCAUCUUUGGUGAAAGAGGAGAUAAUGGUUUAGAUCUAAUGAUAGAAAUAGCCUUGUAUAGAAACUUUUACAGUUAUCUCAAAAUUCAAUACAGAUUGUAGCCAUGACAUGAUUUAUAUUCCUUCCCUAA